UAGAUGGGUAUUGAGGACCAAGAGGUACAUGGUUUCCCGGCAGGCACUGCGAGUUAGCAGCUCUCAGCCAAUGGAAAUGAUUGGUCCGGACUGCGUGUGUUUCACCGGCGAGGAAAAAUGGCAGAAAGAGGCUACAGUUUCUCCUUAACCACUUUCAGUCCUUCUGGCAAACUAGUCCAAAUCGAAUACGCCCUGGCAGCUGUAGCUGCUGGCGCCCCAUCUGUUGGAAUUAAAGCUUCGAAUGGCGUCGUCCUGGCAACGGAAAAGAAGCAGAAGUCGGUCCUGUACGAUGAGCAGAGCGUGCACAAGGUGGAGCCCAUAACGAAGCACAUAGGCAUGGUCUACAGUGGAAUGGGUCCCGAUUACAGAGUGCUGGUACGACGGGCCCGCAAGUUAGCCCAGCAGUACUUCCUGGUCUACCAGGAGCCCAUUCCCACGGCACAGCUCGUCCAGAGGGUUGCAUCAGUCAUGCAGGAGUACACGCAGUCUGGGGGCGUGCGUCCCUUUGGGGUUUCAUUGCUGAUCGCUGGUUGGGAUGAAGAUCGUCCAUACCUUUUCCAGUCAGACCCUUCUGGGGCGUAUUUUGCGUGGAAAGCAACUGCAAUGGGAAAGAACUACGUCAAUGGAAAAACGUUCCUUGAAAAGAGGUAUAAUGAGGAUCUUGAGCUUGAAGAUGCGAUUCACACUGCAAUCCUGACUUUGAAAGAGAGUUUUGAGGGUCAGAUGACGGAAGACAACAUUGAAGUGGGGAUCUGCAAUGAGGCUGGCUUCAAACGACUCACUCCAGCCGAAGUCAAGGACUACCUGGCUGCCAUUGCCUAGAGUUCCACCGCUGCUCUCUUUCUCAUAGUGGACUUUUGUUCUGCCAUCAGAAAUCAGAUUUUUUUUUCUCUUCCCCAAAAGAAUGUUCCUUAUUUGUACUCUCAUCUCUGUUGUACAAACUACCAAUAAAUGUUGGUAAUUACAAA